AUGUCUGAUGCUGCCAAGCCCGCGGCGACCAAGCCCAAGGCCGCCAAGCCGGCCAAGCCGGCCCAGCACCCUCCAUUCAAGAAGCUGGUCGUGGCGGCCAUAGCCGAGCUCAAGGAGAGGGGCGGCUCCAGCCUGCCGGCGAUCAAGAAGUGGGUGGGUGACAAGUACAAGGGCAAGCUCGCGUCUUCCUGGGAGAAGAACGUGACCCUGGCACUGAAGAAGCUUGUCGCCACCAACGAGCUGGAGAAGGUCAAGGCCAGCUACAAGCUGGGGGAAGCCGCCAAGAAGGCGGCCACCAAGAAGCCCAAGGUGAAGAAGGCGGCGCCGGCCAAGAAGAAGGCCGUGGCUAAGAAGGCGGCCGCGCCCAAGGCCAAGAAGGCCGCCGCACCUAAGAAGAAGGCCGCCCCCGCGCCCGCCGCGGAGGGCGAGGCGGCGGCGCCCAAGCCCAAGAAGGCCCCUGCCGCCAAGCCAGCUGCGGCAAAGAAGGCCGCUGCGCCCAAGGCCAAGAAGGCGCCCACCAAGAAGCCCGCCGCCGCCAAGCCCAAGGCAGCCCCCAAGCCCAAGGCAGCCCCCAAGCCCAAGGCCGCGGCAGCCAAGCCCAAGGCGGCCGCCAAGCCCAAGGCCAAGAAGGCGACACCCAAGAAGGCUGCGCCCAAGGCGAAGAAGGCCGCCGCCUAG